AUGGAGCCUCUCGCAACCGCCUAUCCUCUGAAAUAUUCAGUGCCUAAAGCUAGAGUCUUUGUUGUUUUUUUGUCAAUGGUUUUUUGCACGGCAGUCCUCUGCCUACUGCAACUCAGAUUUUUUAAACCUAAAACUAAAGAUUUUUAUUCUUUUGAAAUCAAGGAUUCGCGGGGAAGAAUCAUUUCCUUGGAGAAGUACAGAGGGAAAGCAACUUUGGUUGUAAACGUGGCGAGUUACUGCCAACACACAGACAAAAAUUACAUCGCUCUGCAAGAUCUACACAGGGAGUUUGGUCCCUCCCACUUCACUGUGCUGGCCUUCCCCUGCAAUCAGUUCGGAGAAUCAGAGCCUGGCUCAAGCCAGGAAAUAGAGGCUUUUGCCAAAGGGAACUACGGAGUAACCUUCCCUGUUUUCCACAAAAUCAAGAUCCUGGGAUCAGAAGCAGAGCCUGCCUUUAAAUUUUUAAUAGAUUCUUCAAAGAAAGAACCUCGCUGGAAUUUCUGGAAAUAUCUUGUCAGUCCUGAGGGUAAAGUUGUAAAAUUCUGGAGACCUGAAGAGUCGAUAGAAAGUAUCAAGCCAGCAAUAGCAUCGUUAAUUAGACAGAUCAUAAUGAAAAAAAGAGAAGACCUCUGAAAAACCGUUCACUCUGUGAAUCCAUUCAGUGGCACAGAUGAACAGCCUUACUACAUUCCUGGGAAAUGCUGCUAGAAGAAAAACAAUCAGGGGAUGUUUUUUUCUUUUUGAUGUUAGUAUCUUCAGCUACACUAUGUCAAUUAAUGUUGGGAUGACUUCUGCAACAGCCUUAAGAACCACUGAGAUUACUGAAAAUGGCAAGGCAAUCAGAACACUGCAGGAACGGACCUUCAGUUUUCAUACAGUUCUUUAAAUUGCUAAUAAGAGCUAAUUAUAAUUGUCGUAAGUAGGCAAACAGCUAAAAAGAAGAGGUUUGGUGAUGAAUUACUCAGUAUUUGUACCAAAAAAAAAAUCAUUUUCCAUGUGCCAGUGAAAAUAAGUUUUGAUAUUCCAUUUAUACAUAACCGUUUGACUGAAAGAUGUGGAACUGAGAGCCAUCAUAUUAGGGUUUAUAGAGACAAAUGCAGCUGACCAUACCAGCUUUAUAAUAUUGACAGAUGAAAAUGUCUGAAUUGUGAAGCUGUCAAUUUAGUUGUAAAAAACUGUACAUAGAAAAUAAUAUUAUUAGAAGUAAAAGAUGCAAAAAUAUUUCUUUGCUUGCUUUGUGUGUAUUUUGAUUCACUUCACCUUUUCAGCAAUACUUUUGUCUUCUUUAGCCUUCUCCAUACAUUUGCA